CAAUUGCGCACCGGUUUCUCUGAGCGCGACAAAACAUUUAAUUCAUUCAGAAAUUCUUUUAAUUCUAGUUAGCGGCAUAUAUGUUUUAUUUCGCGUAUUAGGAAAAAAGGAGACUUAUAUGUUUGUGUAGGAAUAAAUGUGUCAUCCAGAGUUCAUCUAGUCUAAGAGAGCAUCUAAGUUGAUACCCCAAGGGCUUUAGUCUAAUGGUAAGUGUGUAACAUGUGCUGUGUGGAUUAGGCGCACGUCAUAUGUUAGAAUCCUGUCUUAAAAAAAACUUGGAGUUUAUAUUGAGAAAGGUAGAGGGGUGGACGAGUCCGGAAUCAUGCUUCACUGGUCCUCGGGAAAUUUCUUGAAUAUAAAAAAGCGAGAACAUCCAAGUGACUUAGAAGAUAAGCUAUUUCGUUUUGGAUGAUAUGGGUCUAAAAAGAAUGUUAGGAUAAUAUGGGGGUCCUAUGCCUAAUUUUCUGUUAUAAUGUGUUGUCCUUGGGCCACAAUUAAUCUUCUGAAUUUUAGAUUGGAUCUACUUGUGAACAUGUACUUUUCUUGAAUUUCUCCUUCCAAGCAUAAAAGGGAUCUUUCAUGUAUUUCAAGUCAGAAAUGGUUAGGUACCAAAUCAACAAGUUUAGAUAUUCCAAUCUUGUUGAAAUCUGUAUCUACACUUUCCCUUCCAUGAAUUGGCUUUUGGACAUGUCUUGAAUUCAUCCUUCAAAAUAUUAAAGAAAACUUUCAUGUAUUUCAUGUCAGAAAUGGUUGGGUAUACUGAAGCAUUAAGCGUACAUGUUCUAGUUUCGUUUAAAUCUGGAUCGAUAGUCUCCCUGCCAUGAAAUGGCUUAUGUGCAAGUCAUUAAGAACCAAAUGUUUACCUUAGAAGAUAGUACCCUCAAUAUUGAGAUUGCUACAUUUAGAUGAAUGUGUCUAAAUGCAGCAUCGGAACCAAUCUUGCGAUGUCACUUCUCAUCUCUUCUACCAAUUAAUGUAAUAUUUGGAGAUCAAUUAAUCAGGCUGAAUUGUUUUACACUCACCCUGUAUUCUUAACUGCGCGCACAGGCCCUUGGGGAUUCCUCGGUUAUAAAAGUAAAACAAAAAUAAUGGCUAAAUUCUCCUAGCUAUUGCGUAGAAGUUAGAGCAGUGGAUGUGCUAACUGAUUUGAUUAUGAAACCUAAGUUUUUCUUUUUUGCUUUCUUCUGUUAAAAAAUAAUGCAAAAUUAUGCUUGAGCUAGGGAUAGUAAUCCACUUAACCUCCAAACGACCCGUUAAACAUAUGCAAAGUUAAUCGCCGCAAGCAACACACCAAGUAUGUACCUAUUCAUAUCCCACCUGUUCAAAAGAUCUCAUGUUUCUUUGCUCCAAAGUACCACAUACGUAACUAGGGUUGCAUUUCUAACAUGUUCGUCUUCUUUCAUGAAUAUUCUCAACUAUGCAUCACAUACUUCACUACUUUUGAUAUUUUCUAUUUUUUAGCAAAUUCUCAAUUUUGUUUCAUUUUCUCGUCUUACUUUCCUUUUUAGUCUGUUUAAAAAAAGAAUUGUCUUUUCCUAAUUUGGCAGCUCUUUAAUUUCAAAACUCCGCAUGACUUUUUUUUCAAUAACCAUGGUGUCCGGGCCAGCUUGUGCGCACCUCGAUUAUUUCUACAGGAUACCCGCCACCUCCUACCUGGAGCAGGUAUCAUGCAACUCCGUCCACCAAGGCUAGAACAGAUGGGAAGAAAUCACCUAAUGUUUGUCUCUGUUGGGAAUUGAACCUGAGACCUCAUGGUGCUCAACCCAACUUCAUUGAACCAUUAGGCCACACCCUUGGAUGCGAAAAAAACUCCACAUGGCAUGUUUGUGAUCACAUAAUUAAAGGAAAUUUUGGUACAUUAUACAUAUCUUUAGUUAACAACCUUAAGAUUCAAAAGUCUUCUUUACUUUCUUAAACUCCUUGUCCAGACAAACAAAUCAAAACGGAGGGAGUAUGCAGUAAAGUAAGUCAAUGGAAUAACGGUUGACUUGGUAAAAACACCCGAGGUCAACUUGAAUUGUUUAGGGUGGCCUUGGUUCUUAGUUUUCUUAUAGUUAUGUUGUUCAGGCACUUUAAUGCACCUCAGAUAUUCCACUCCUACUUGUUACCUCCCAUCAUUAAAGGCAUCAAGUAACUCCGACCAGUAAGACUUAAGUAGUAGAUACAAGAUAACUUGUAGCAUAUAUUUUCUAAACCCUUGUUUAAGAGAUCUUUACACGGUGUUUAUCACACCCACUUGGAGGAAAACCUUAUUUUGAAGGUUCUGUUUUACAAGCAAUUAGGAUUUUUGUAGGCUCGAUGGAGUGCAAGUUUCUUGAUUAUAGGGAAGGGUUUCAAAGGUCAUAGAAUAGUGAAAGUAGUACGUAUUACUAUAUUGGUGGGGCGUCUAGUGUAAUUUAUGAUGGCAGGUUGAAUAUCGAGAUACAACAAUAGACAAUCUGGACCAGUCUUAUGUGGUGGCAGAUGAAUUGCUCAGCCAUUGACAUCAAAAUGUAUAGUUUCAAAGGGCUUUUUUUAUGAUAGUCUUGGAAGUCCAUUGAGAAAAGUAGUAUAAGCAGAAUUUGAAGAGAAAAAACUCCUAACUAGAAGAACAUGAGUACCUUCUCCCGCAGGACCUUUCUUUUCAUUUAUUAGAUCCUUUCUGUUUAAGGCUGUUCCAAAAUGUUUGUAAAUAAGAUCUGCUUCAAAUAGUGAUAUUGUUUGUGAAACUAAUACUUAAAAGGCUUCUUGUUGACUUGGUUAACAAAGUAAAUGGUGUCCUUUAUAUGGGAGUGUCUUUAGGCGCACAAUAUGGUGGAAUGAAUCUACACAUGAAACGAAGGGUUUUUUGCACUGCACGUGGAACAAAAUCUGUUCUUGAUUAACCAAAAGAGAGAUAGUGUUGCAAAAUUGUUGGAUAUUAUUGGUGUAACUUAAAUUGGUAAAGCAAUGACAAAAGAUCCGAAGUUUAGAGUGGGAUCCUGGUUGCAUAGAAAGUCGCAUACCUCCCACUAGAGAGAGUGGCACUAGAACCGUCACCAGAAAGAUGAAUAGUGUUUGGACGAUCCCGGAAAGUAGUGGUGCUGAAAUAGUAGCCAGAAAGGAGCGAUGUGUGUGUGGUUGUGCUCUAUGUGAGAGGAGAGAUGUGUGGUGUUUUUUCCUCAACUGGUGAGACAAGCUAGCAGCAGGCAAAGGAAUUCGAGAAAUUAAAAAUGGAGCUGAGUACAAUUAAAGAUGCCUUUGAUCGUGUCACAAAGAAGCAAAAGGUUGCAUCAUCAAAAUCUCAAGAAGUGAUUGAGCAGAUCGGUCAUGAAAUAGAACAAGCACUGUUGAAGAUACAAUCAAUAAAUGAUACUGCAUCUUUGAGUGAACACAAAGUGAUUCUUAGUGAACUAAAAGCCAAGUUGAAGGAAGUUGCUCCGCUCAGUCAGUUGGAAGGAACACAAAAAGAACUAAAUGUUGCACUAAGCAAGUACCCAAAGCUCCUUGAGAAGUCUCUAAAUCCUGAUAUAUCAAAGGCUUACAGGAAUGUUGGUUCAGAUAUCCAUACUGUUAACCAGAUAAUUGCCAGCCAUUUCUACCGGGAAGGCCACUUUGAUCUUGGUGAUUGUUUUGCAAAUGAGGCCAGAGAAUCUGAAGCUGCAGACCAAAAAUCUCCAUUUCUGCAAAUGUAUCAGAUACUUGAAGCCAUGAGGUCUAGGAACUUGGAUCCAGCUGUUAGUUGGGCCACCACCAAUAGUGAGAAACUUAAGCUAAGUGGAUCUGAUAUUGAAAUGAAGCUACACAGGCAGCAGUUUGUAGAAAUUCUGCAGAAUAAAGGUAGAGAUGAAGCUUUAGGUUAUGCUAGAACGAACUUCCCACCUUUUGCUACCAAAUAUUUGGCAGAGAUCCAGAGGCUCAUGGCCUGUCUAUUGUGGGCUGGGAAACUGGAUUCCUCACCUUACUCGGAUUUACUAUCUCCUUGCCACUGGGAUAAACUGGCUGAAGAGCUUGCUCGUCAGUUCUGCAAUCUCAUGGGUCAAUCCUAUGAGAGUCCAUUGAGUGCGACCAUUGCUGCUGGCGUCCAGGGGUUGCCAACCCUUCUGAAACUGAUGAAUGUGAUGACUGGGAAAAAGCAGGAGUGGCAAUCCAUGAAACAAUUACCCGUGCCAAUAGACUUGGACAGAGAAUUUCAGUUCCACUCUAUCUUUGUCUGUCCAGUGAGUCGGGAUCAGGCAACAGAGGAGAAUCCGCCUAUGCUGAUGUCUUGCGGGCAUGUGCUAUGCAAGCAAUCUAUUACAAAACUGUCAAAGAAUAACAAUACACGGCCUUUCAAGUGUCCUUACUGCCCCACAGAGGUUGAGGUCGGUCAGUGUAAACAAUUGUUCUUCUAGUAUGAAUUGAUUGUCUCAGCGUUUGUAUUAAAAUCUUCUCGUCACCCCUCUUUUAUCUCUAUUCUCUUUGAACUCAAUUCACGUUCAUUCGUUACAUGGUUGAUGGUACCUCUGACCGUAGUGUUAAUUGUGCUUAAAAUUGCUCUAUUCGAUGUACUAUGGUAAAUUGGAUGUAAAUAGGAAAUUCUUUACCAUUUCAUGCAACUAAUUUGAAAUGCCA